GUCCCCAGUCCGAGGCCGGCCACCGGCGGUGCUGCAGGACCCUGAGCUCCAGAGCCCGCUUCCGGGCGGCCCACUGCUGCAGCGGACGCGAGCGGACCCUGCCCUCCGGCCGCGAUGUGUGACUGCUUCCACGUGGUGCUGCCCACCUGGGCCGGAGCCCCAGACAGCGCAUCUGGUGGACGGCUGCAGCUCCAGGACCCAGAUGCCACAGAGGAAGGAGACCCCUCGGUGACUGAAGGGGACGAGAUCAUACGCCCUCGGCCCCAGGGCUCCUCUCCUGUCUACGACUGUGUGGAGGGAGCCGGCUUAGGGACCCAGGAAGAUACCUCGGAAAGGAGCAGUUCCUCAGGGAGACGGUGGUCCUGGUGGAAGCGAGAGUCGGGGGACUCCAGGACACUUUCCAGGAUGAGCCGGGCAGAGGAGGUGACAGAAGUGACCCUGAGGACGGAGGCUGAGGCUGGCGUCAGUGGCUACAGCAUCACAGGCGGUGGGGACAAGGGCAUCUUUGUGAAGCACGUGCUGAAGGACUCCCCCGCAGCCAAACUCUUCAGCUUGAGAGAAGGGGACCAGCUGCUCAGUGCGACCAUAUUCUUUGAGAAUGUCAAGUAUGAAGACGCACUCAAGAUCCUGCAGUAUUCAGAGCCAUAUCGCAUGCGGCUCCAGCUCCGCCGGCCACUGCUGCCUGGAGCGGCUGAGAGACAGGACAGAGAUGCUGCAGACAACCUGACAGACACACCCACAAAGACACUGGAGAGGGACAGGGACCACGAGAGGCUCAUUGCCCAGCCCAGAGAGGGCCGGGGCCGGCGCGCCCACAAGGACACGUUAUCUUGGCCCAAGUUCCAGGCCAUCAGGAGCCGCCGGCCACCAGGGCCCCGUAGGUCACACAGCUCAUCUGAGGCCUAUGAGAGAGGGGACACAGCAGACCUGUCCCCCACCAGCACAGACACAGAGGCACAGCUCCCAGAUGAUGAGCGGGAACAGAGAGGUGGCCUGGGCAGCCAAAACAGAAGGAGGUUCCUGAAGCUGAGGCUCAAGAUGCGCUCUGGGAAGGGCCCAGCUCAGGCCCCACGCCCUGGCCUAGCAGCCCAGGCUGGGGAGCAGGACUAUCAAGUGGUGCAGGAGACAGAGACCUGGGAUGACAGACAGAAGGACACCAGAAAUGUGACACAGAGCAGCGGGGAAGAAAAGGAGGCAGAGCCAGGCAGGGAGGCAUGGGAAUUGGCACGCAGGGUACCUGAACAGUCAGAAAUGGCAAGGGAACAGCAGCCAGGAUGGAAGGCUGGCAGGGCCUUGGUCCAGAGAGGUAGAGGUGAGGGUGACAAGGAGAGACGGCAGGAACCAGAUACAGGACUGGGGGAAGGUUCACAGCCAGACUCACACAGAAAGAGCAGUACAGGAAUCCAACACACACAGCCACACAUCCAGUUCCCCAGGCUGCACACACCAAAGUUUGUGGUGUCCAAAGAAAAAGUGAAGGAGACACCAAGAGGCACAUCUAAACCACAGGAAGGACAGACAGAGCAGAGGGCAAUGGCAGAUGGACAGGGUGAAAGCAAGGAGGUGAACAUAAUCCCGGGAGAAAAACAGCUAACUUCCAAAGGUAACAGGUUCACAAUGCCGAAGUUCAAGAUACCCUCCUUUGGGAUGGCAGCCAGCACCAUGGACGUGCCCUCACCCAAGGUGAGCUUAGAGGCCAGCCUGCCCUCCGGGACAGGAGAGGUCAGUGUCCUAGAGGGCAACAUCCAAGUUCCCUCUAUAGAUAUGACUCUUGCAGGGGCUGAGCUGGAGAUGGCCCAGCCGGAGGGAGGGGGGUCUGACCAGAGGGGCAAGGCAGAGAAGGCCAAAGUCAAAUCCCAGCUACCAAAAGUAGAGAUGCCGGGCUUCAAGGUACCCAAAGUGGACAUCAAGGGUAACCAGAUAGACAUCAGAGCACCCCAAAUAUAUAUCAAGUGUCCUCAAGUAGAUAUCAAGACUUCUAAGAUGGAGAUCGAGGUUCCUAAGGUGGACAUGAAGGGCCACAAAGGUGAGGUGACUCUGCCCAGCCAAGCAGUGACAAUGCCUUCUGUGGAAAUGGACGCCCAGGUGCCAGGAGCCAUGCUAGAGGACGACAUCUCCCUGGGAGACAGGGAGCUGGUCUCCAAGGACAGCAAGUUCAAAAUGCCCAAGUUCAAGAUGCCCUCCUUUGGCAUGUCUGCCGGCACCAAGGCCUUGGGCAGCACCAUGGACGUGCCCUCACCCAAGGUGAGCUUGGAGGCCAGCCUGCCCUCUGUGACAGGAGAGGUCAGUGUCCCAGAGGGCCACAUCCAAGUUCCCUCUGUAGAUGUGACUCUGCCAGGGGCUGAGCUGGAGGUGGCCCUGUCUGAGGAAGAGGGGCCUGAACUGAAGGGCAAGGCAGAGGGGGCUAAAGUCAAGGCCCAUCUGCCCAAGGUGCAGAUGCCAAGCUUCAAGGUAGCCAAGGUGGACAUCAAGGCCCCCAAGGUGGACAUCAAGGGUCCCCUGGUGGACUUAAAGGAACAGAAGAGUGAGGUGAUUCUGCCCAGCCAAGAGGUGACAAUACCAGGUGUGGAGGUAGAUGCACAGGUCCCAGGAGCCACACUGGAGGCAGACAUUUCCCUGGGAGACAAGGAGCUGGCCCCCAAGGACAGCAAGUUCAAAAUGCCCAAGUUCAAGAUGCCCUCCUUUGGCAUGUCUGUCGGCACCAAGGAUUUGGGCAGCUCAGUUGAAGUACCCUCACCUGAGAUGAGCUUGGAGGCCAGCCUGCCCUCUGUGACAGGAGAGGUCAGUGUCCCAAAGGGCCACAUUCAAGUUCCCUCUGUAGAUGUGACUCUGCCAGGGGCUGAGCUGGAGGUGGCCCUGUCUGAGGGAGAGGGGGCUGAACUGAAGGGCAAGGCAGAGGGGGCUAAAGUCAAGGCCCAUCUGCCCAAGGUGCAGAUGCCAAGCUUCAAGGUACCCAAGGUGGAUGUCAAGGGUCCCCAGGUGGAUAUCAAGGCGCCCAAGGUGGACAUCGAGGGCCCCCAGGUGGACCUGAAGGGACAGAAGAGUGAGGUGACUCUGCCCAGCCAAGAGGUGACAAUACCGGGUGUGGAGGUGGAUGUCCAGGUCCCAGGAGCCACACUGGAGGAGGACAUUUCCCUGGGAGACAAGGAGCUGGCUUCCAAGGACAGUAAGUUCAGAAUGCCCAAGUUCAAGAUGCCCUCCUUUGGCAUGUCUGCCGGCACCAAGGCCUUGGGCAGCUCCAUGGAUGUGCCCUCACCCAAGGUGAGCUUGGAAGCCAGCCUGCCCUCUGUGACAGGAGAGGUCAGUGUCCCAGAGGGCCACAUCCAAGUUCCCUCUGUAGAUGUGACUCUGCCAGGGGCUGAGCUGGAGGUGGCCCUGCCUGAGGGAGAGGGGCCUGAACUGAAGGGCAAGGCAGAGGGGGCUAAAGUCAAGGCCCAUCUGUCCAAGGUGCAGAUGCCAAGCUUCAAGGUACCCAAGGUGGACAUCAAGGGUCACCAGGUGGAUAUCAAGGCCCCCAAGGUGGAUGUCAAGGCCCCCAAGGUGGACAUCAAGGGUCCCCAGGUGGACUUAAAGGAACAGAAGAGUGAGGUGAUUCUGCCCAGCCAAGAGGUGACAAUACCAGGUGUGGAGGUAGAUGCACAGGUCCCAGGAGCCACACUGGAGGCAGACAUUUCCCUGGGAGACAGGGAGCUGGCCCCCAAGGACAGUAAGUUCAGAAUGCCCAAGUUCAAGAUGCCCUCCUUUGGCAUGUCUGUCGGCACCAAGGACUUGGGCAGCUCUGUUGAAGUACCCUCACCUGAGAUGAGCUUAGAGGCCAGCCUGCCCUCUGUGACAGGAGAGGUCAGUGUCCCAGAGGGCCACAUCCAAGUUCCCUCUGUAGAUGUGACUCUGCCAGGGGCUGAGCUGGAGGUGGCCCUGCCUGAGGGAGAGGGGCCUGAACUGAAGGGCAAGGCAGAGGGGGCUAAAGUCAAGGCCCAUUUGCCCAAGGUGCAGAUGCCAAGCUUCAAGGUACCCAAGGUGGAUGUCAAGGGUCCCCAGGUGGAGAUCAAGGCCCCUAAGGUGGACAUCGAGGGCCCCCAGGUGGACCUGAAGGGACAGAAGAGUGAGUUGACUCUGCCCAGCCAAGAGGUGACAAUACCGGGUGUGGAGGUGGAUGCCCAGGUCCCAGGAGCCACACUGGAGGCAGACAUUUCCCUGAGAGACAGGGAGCUGGCCUCCAAGGACAGUAAGUUCAAAAUGCCCAAGUUCAAGAUGCCCUCCUUUGGCAUGUCUGCCGGCACCAAGGCCUUGGGUAGCACCAUGGACGUGCCCUCACCCAAGGUGAGCUGGGAGGCCAGCCUGCCCUCUGUGACAGGAGAAGUCAGUGUCCCAGAGGGCCACAUCCAAGUUCCCUCUGUAGAUGUGACUCUGCCAGGGGCUGAGCUGGAGGUGGCCCUGCCUGAGGAAGAGGGGCCUCAACUGAAGGGCAAGGCAGAGGGGGCUAAAGUCAAGGCCCAUCUGCCCAAGGUGCAGAUGCCAAGCUUCAAGGUACCCAAGGUGGAUGUCAAGGGUCCCCAGGUGGAUAUCAAGGCCCCCAAGGUGGACAUCGAGGGCCCCCAGGUGGACCUAAAGGGACAGAAGAGUGAGGUGACUCUGCCCAGCCAAGAGGUGACAAUACCAGGUGUGGAGGUAGAUGCACAGGUCCCAGGAGCCACAUUGGAGGCAGACAUUUCCCUGGGAGACAGGGAGCUGGCCUCCAAGGACAGCAAGUUCAAAAUGCCCAAGUUCAAGAUGCCCUCCUUUGGCAUGUCUGUCGGCACCAAGGAUUUGGGCAGCUCUGUUGAAGUACCCUCACCUGAGAUGAGCUUUGAGUCCAGCCUGCCCUCUGUGACAGGAGAGGUCAGUGUCCCAGAGGGCCACAUCCAUGUUCCUUCUGUAGAUGUGACUCUGCCAGGGGCUGAGCUGGAGGUGGCCCUGCCUGAGGGAGAGGGGCCUGAACUGAAGGGCAAGGCAGAGGGGGCUAAAGUCAAGGCCCAUCUGCCCAAGGUGCAGAUGCCAAGCUUCAAGGUACCCAAGGUGGAUGUCAAGGGUCCCCAGGUGGAUAUCAAGGCCCCAAAGGUGGACAUCAAGGGCCCCCAGGUGGAGAUCAAGGCCCCCAAGGUGGACAUUGAGGGACCCCAGGUGGAUCUAAAGGAACAGAAGAGUGAAGUGAUUCUGCCCAGCCAAGAGGUGACAAUACCAGGUGUGGAGGUAGAUGCACAGGUCCCAGGAGCCACAUUGGAGGCAGACAUUUCCCUGGGAGACAGGGAGCUGGCCUCCAAGGACAGCAAGUUCAGAAUGCCCAAGUUCAAGAUGCCCUCCUUUGGCAUGUCUGCCCGCACCAAGGACUUGGGCAGCUCUGUUGAAGUACCCUCACCUGAGAUGAGCUUAGAGGCCAGCCUGCCCUCUGUGACAGGAGAAGUCAGUGUCCCAGAGGGCCACAUCCAUGUUCCCUCUGUAGAUGUGACUCUGCCAGGGGCUGAGCUGGAGGUGGCCCUUCCUGAGGGAGAGGGGGCUGAACUGAAGGGCAAGGCAGAGGGGGCUAAAGUCAAGGCCCAUCUGCCCAAGGUGCAGAUGCCAAGCUUCAAGGCCCCCAAAGUGGACGUCAAGGGUCCCCAGGUGGAUAUCAAGGCCCCCAAGGUAGACAUCAAGGCUCCCAAGGUGGACAUCAAGGCCCCCAAAAUGGACAUUAAGGGCCCACAAGUAGAUCUUAAAGCCCCCAAGAUGGACAUAGGCAUUGACCUAAAGGGUUACAAAGGUGAGGUGACUCUGCCCAGCCGAGAGGUGACAAUGCCUGCUGCAGCGAUGGACAGUCAGAUCCCAGUAGCCACACAGGAGGCUGAUAUCUCCCUGAGAGACAGGGAGCUGGCCUCCAAGGACAGCAAGUUCAAAAUGCACAAGUUUAAGAUGCCCUCCUUUGGCAUGUCUGCCAGCACCAAGGACAUGGGCAGCUCCGUAGAUGUGCCCUCACCCAGGGUGAGCUUGGAGGCCAGCCUGCCCUCUGUGACAGGAGAGGUCAGUGUCCCAGAGGGCCAUAUCCAAGUUCCCUCUGUAGAUGUGACUCUGCCAGGGGCUGAGCUGGAGGUGGCCCUGUCUGAGGGAGAGGGGGCUGAACUGAAGGGCAAGGCAGAGGGGGCUAAAGUCAAGGCCCAUCUGCCCAAGGUGCAGAUGCCAAGCUUCAAGGUACCCAAGGUGGACGUCAAGGGUCCCCAGGUGGAUAUCAAGGCCCCCAAGGUGGACAUCGAGAGCCCCCAGGUGGACCUGAAGGGACAGAAGAGUGAGGUGACUCUGCCCAGCCAAGAGGUGACAAUACCGGGUGUGGAGGUGGCUGCCCAGGUCCCAGGAGCCACACUGAAGGCAGACAUUUCCCUGGGAGACAAGGAGCUGGCCUCCAAGGACAGUAAGUUCAAAAUGCCCAAGUUCAAGAUGCCUUCCUUUGGCAUGUCUGCAUCCAGCAAGCACACAGAGGCCUCAGUUGAUGCAGACAUGAAACUUCCUGGGGUCCAGGCUGAUUUGCAGGGCAGGGACCUCUCCAUGCCCCUCCCAUCUGCAGACGUAGACCUGAAGACAGCCCAGGUGGACGUGAAGCAGGCCCAGGGUACAGUUCCCAAGGUAGAGCUGCAGGAUGUGGACAUGGGUGCAACAUUCAAAAGCCACCUGCCCAAAGUGAAGGCCCCCAGCUUCAAGGUGCCCAAAAUGGAUAUCAAGGAACCCCAGGUAGACAUCAAGGCCCCCAAGAUGGACAUCGAGGGUCUCCAAGUGGACCUGAAGAGCCAUAAAAGGGAAGUGACUCUGCCCAGCCAAGAGGUGACAAUACCAGGUGUGGAGGUUGAUGCACAGGUCCCAGGAGCCACAUUGGAGGCUGACAUCUCCCUGGGAGACAAGGAGGUGGCCUCCAAGGACAGCAAAUUCAAAAUGCCCAAGUUCAAGAUGCCCUCCUUUGGCAUGUCUGCCGGCACCAAGGACUUGGGUAGCACCAUGGACGUGACCUCACCCAAGGUGAGCUUGGAGGCCAGCCUGCCCUCUGUGACAGGAGAGGUCAGUGUCCCAGAGGGCCACAUCCAUGUUCCUUCUGUAGAUGUGACUCUGCCAGGAGCUGAGCUGGAGGUGGCCCUGCCUGAGGAAGAGGGGCCUCAACUGAAGGGCAAGGCAGAGGGGGCUAAAGUCAAGGCCCAUCUGCCCAAGGUGCAGAUGCCAAGCUUCAAGGUACCCAAGGUGGAUCUCAGGGGUCCCCAGGUGGAUAUCAAGGCCCCAAAGGUGGACAUCAAGGGUCCCCAGAGUGAGGUGAUUCUGCCCAGCCAAGAGGUGACAAUACCAGGUGUGGAGGUAGAUGCACAGGUCCCAGGAGCCACAUUGGAGGCAGACAUUUCCCUGGGAGACAGGGAGCUGGCCUCCAAGGACAGCAAGUUCAAAAUGCCCAAGUUCAAGAUGCCCUCCUUUGGCAUGUCUGCCCGCACCAAGGACUUGGGCAGCUCUGUUGAAGUACCCUCACCUGAGAUGAGCUUAGAGGCCAGCCUGCCCUCUGUGACAGGAGAGGUCAGUGUCCCAGAGGGCCACAUCCAAGUUCCCUCUGUAGAUGUGACUCUGCCAGGGGCUGAGCUGGAGGUGGCCCUGUCUGAGGGAGAGGGGGCUGAACUGAAGGGCAAGGCAGAGGGGGCUAAAGUCAAGGCCCAUCUGCCCAAGGUGCAGAUGCCAAGCUUCAAGGUACCCAAGGUGGACAUCAAGGGCCCCCAGGUGGAGAUCAAGGCCCCCAAGAUGGACAUUAAGGGCCCACAAGUAGAUCUUAAAGCCCCCAAGACGGACAUAGGCGUUGACCUAAAGGGUCACAAAGGUGAGGUGACUCUGCCCAGCCGAGAGGUGACAAUGCCUGCUGCAGCGAUGGACAGUCAGAUCCCAGAAGCCACACAGGAGGCUGAUAUCUCCCUGAGAGACAGGGAGCUGGCCUCCAAGGACAGCAAGUUCAAAAUGCACAAGUUUAAGAUGCCCUCCUUUGGCAUGUCUGCCAGCACCAAGGACUUGGGCAGCUCCGUAGAUGUGCCCUUACCCAGGGUGAGCUUGGAGGCCAGCCUGCCCUCUGUGACAGGAGAGGUCAGUGUCCCAGAGGGCCAUAUCCAAGUUCCCUCUGUAGCUGUGACUCUGCCAGGGGCUGAGCUGGAGGUGGCCCUGUCUGAGGGAGAGGGGCCUGAACUGAAGGGCAAGGCAGAGGGAGCUAAAGUCAAGGCCCAUCUGUCCAAGGUGCAGAUGCCAAGCUUCAAGGUACCCAAGGUGGAUGUCAAGGGUCCCCAGGUGGAUAUCAAGGCCCCCAAGGUGGACAUCGAGAGCCCCCAGGUGGACCUGAAGGGACAGAAGAGUGAGGUGACUCUGCCCAGCCAAGAGGUGACAAUACCGGGUGUGGAGGUGGAUGUCCAGGUCCCAGGAGCCACACUGGAGGCAGACAUCUCCCUGGGAGACAAGGAGCUGGCCUCCAAGGACAGCAAGUUCAAAAUGCCCAAGUUCAAGAUGCCCUCCUUUGGCAUGUCUGCAUCCAGCAAGCACACAGAGGCCUCAGUUGAUGCAGACAUGAAACUUCCUGGGGUCCAGGCUGAUUUGCAGGGCAGGGACCUCUCCAUGCCCCUCCCAUCUGCAGAUGUAGACCUGAAGACAGCCCAGGUGGACGUGAAGCAGGCCCAGGGUACAGUUCCCAAGGUGGAGCUGCAGGAUGUGGACAUGGGUGCAACAUUCAAAGGCCACCUGCCCAAAGUGAAGGCCCCCAGCUUCAAGGUGCCCAAAAUGGAUAUCAAGGAACCCCAGGUAGACAUCAAGGCCCCCAAGAUGGAUAUCAAGGGUCACCAAGUGGACCUGAAGAGCCAUAAAAGGGAAGUGACUCUGCCCAGUCAAGAGGUAACAAUACCAGGUGUGGAGAUUGAUGCACAGGUCCCAGGAGCUACACUAGAGGCUGACAUCUCCCUGGGAGACAAGGAGCUGGCCUCCAAGGACAGCAAAUUCAAAAUGCCCAAGUUCAAGAUGCCCUCCUUUGGCAUAUCUGCCGGCACCAAGGCCUUGGGCAGCACCAUGGACGUGCCCUCACCCAAGGUGAGCUUGGAGGCCAGCCUGCCCUCUGUGACAGGAGAGGUCAGUGUCCCUGAGGGCCACAUCCAAGUUCCCUCUGUAGAUGUGACUCUGCCAGGUGCUGAGCUGGAGGUGGCCCUGCCUGAGGAAGAGGGGCCUGAACUGAAGGGCAAGGCAGAGGGGGCUAAAGUCAAGGCCCAUCUGCCCAAGGUGCAGAUGCCAAGCUUCAAGGUACCCAAGGGUCCCCAGGUGGAUAUCAAGACCCCCAAGGUGGACAUCAAGGCCCCCAAGGUGGACAUCGAGGGCCCCCAGGUGGACCUGAAGGGACAGAAGAGUGAGGUGACUCUGCCCAACCAAGAGGUGACAAUACUGGGUGUAGAGGUGGAUGCCCAGGUCCCAGGAGCCACACUGGAGGCAGACAUUUCCCUGGCAGACAAGGAGCUGGCCCCCAAGGACAGCAAGUUCAAAAUGCCUACUGUGUCUAUGGCUGUGUUUAGUCCUCCAUUGGUAGAGGAUUUGCCCUUCUUUCCUCAGGCUGAUCUUGCUUCAGUUCCCUCAUCUUCUCUCUGUCCUGCUGCACCCAAGCCCCCUGUGGGUGUCUGUCAUUUUGAAGCUGGCAUGAAAGGCAGUCUGACCUCAGCGUCUUUUGGUGACAAUGGGAAGAUUCAGAAGCCCUGCUUUAAAAUGCCACAAAUGCUUUCAGCUCCUGCCUCUGUGGAGGAGGGUUCUGGGGGUCCUCAGCCUCCCUGCCCUGCUGUUACAGGGUCCUACUUGGCAGGUGCUGACCCCCAGGCUGCCUAUUAUGACUGGUCUGUUGGGGUAUCUACCCCAGGCUUGCCUACUCCUCCAUCCACUGUGCUUGAGCGCUUCUCUCUCUCAAACAGUGAGAAUGGCCUGCUCACUCACGUGACCUUCCCAGGCCCUGCUGCCUCUGUGGGGCCCCCUCCUGAACCAACCUCUGGGCCCAAGGAGCUCCUUCUUCCUGCCAACUUUGGCCCCGUGACCUUCCCCAAGUUCCAUCGACCCAAGUUCAGGUUUCUUGAACCCAGUGAUGAGGCCAGUGCCCUCCACGAACCCUCACUGUAUCCUGGACACCCUGAGCUUGGCCCCAACUCUGAGCACCCACCAGCCCCAGGAAAGGAUGGGAUCCCUGAGGACCCUGCAGCUGGGGAUGAAGGCACUGAGCGAGACAGCAAGGGCGGCCCCCUGCGGAUGCCCAGGAUCAAGCUUCCAUCCUUCCGGAGGUCCCCAAAGAAGGCAGCCGGGACCAAAGUGGACCCCACAUCCUACCCAGAGGACACAGACCUCAGUGUGGAUGUGGAAGUGGCCAAGGGUCCACCUGCCAAUGUGGACAUGGCAAGAAAUGACCUUACCCCGAGCAAGAGUGUGGUGGAUAUGUGUGUAUUCACUGGGGUCCCACCUCCUGAGGGGGUUGGGGGCAGCUCAACCCGCCCCCCAGAGGUGGGGGGCCCUGCUGGAUGGUUCUGGAUGCCGUCGUGGCCCCUGCCCAGCCUGAGGCGCUCCUCCUCCUCUUCUUCCUCCAAGCAGCGGGGUGUGGCCAGGGUGUCAGGGUCGACUGCCUGUGCACCCCCGGAUGGGGAGGCUCCCUCCUUGCCAGUGCCCCCUGAGGCAGAUGUGCAGGGGGGGAUCGACCCAUAUGCAAAUGUUCUGCACAGGAAUCUGGAUGUGGGCAGCUGCCAGCCCAUGACGGAUACCCAGCUCGCUCAGGAUGGUAGCCGCCCCACAGAAGGCUUUCUUAGCCGCUCAGAAGCAGAGGUCCCCUGGGGGGAGCUGGGCAGGGAUGCGGGGGGCACUGAGGAUUCCCUCCCUAUGGAGGAUCCCAGGUCUGUAACCCUGGUGGCUGUGGAGGCAGCCUGGGUGGACCCUGUGGUCAAGGUGAGGUUCCCCCAACUGAGGUUCCCACGGUUCACCUUCCCUGCACCCAGCCCUGAGGCCUCCAUUUUCACCCCGGCCACAGCAGGGGAGGUAUGGGGGCUCCAGAGUGGGCUUCAGCCACAGGGUUGCCCCAGAGAGCCCCCAGGUGUAUUGACCCUCAGCCUGGAAGCCCUCCCCAUCUCCAGGGUCCGGGUGCAAAGUCAGGAGGUGGCCGUGUGCAGCCAGGCCCAAGCAGGCAUGAGGGGCCCCCCAGCACCCCCUGCUGUGGUCUCUCAGGUGGUCCGGGCAGCCGAGAUCUCCACGUCCCAUGUGCUGACCCCCUCCUACGGCUUCUCCCUGCUCAGGGAGAGCAUCCAGGAGCCUCCCCUGCAAGUGCCUGAGUGCCUGGUCAGCCUGGAUGAAAGGGAGAGCAGGGAGUGGCCAGAAGCCCCCCAGCUACCCCCCAGAGUCAGCCCCAGGGAGCCCUCUGAAGUGUUCUCCUCUAGCGCCGGGGAGCUGGGGGCCCCCUCGGGUGGGCAGCACUCUGACAGCUGCUCUGAGGAUGAACCCCCAGAGAUUCUCGACUUUCCCCUGGAGGAUGUAACCAUAGCCCAGGCAGUGGCCAGCCAGGGCCCUCAAGAGAAGGCCCAAAGCAAGAGGGUGUCUGGCCUGUUCCAGCUCUGGCUCCCCAACAUCGGGUUCUCAUCUUCCACGGAGGUCCAGGGUGCUGAGCCCCCCCAGCACCCCCCUGAGCCAGACCCAGUGCUCACUCAGCCCCCUCAGCACCCCCCUGAGCCAGACCCAGUACUCACUCAGCCCCCCCAGCACCCCCCUGGGCCAGACCCAGUGCUCACUCAGCCCCCUCAGCACCCCCCUGGGCCAGGCCCAGUGCUCACACAGCCUGAGGCACAACGGGCCAGCUGGUUCCGCCUGCCCAGGCUGGGCUUUUCUUCACCCAAGAAGGGUCCACCUGAGCCCCCUGAGGAGGUUGUCACCUUUUAUGACACCCAAGAGAGCCUCUCCCUGGGAGAAGGGGAGGCUGGGAGACUGCAGGAGGAAGACCCCACAGCCCAGUCUGCACCCACAGCCAAGCCUGGGGCACCCAGGGGCCAGGAGCUGUGACUGCCAGCAGGUCUGCAGGGCUCCCAGCCCCCACCCCACAUGUCAUGCAGGACCCAGGAGCCCACCAGUGUCAGCCACAUGCAGCAGGUCUUGGGGACCCCAGCAAGCCCUGAAGAACCCCACCAUAGGAGCUUCCAUGAAGAGGGGUGUCCCACAGUGUCCCUGCCCAAUGCUCAUGGGGACAGGAUACGCCGCUGCUUCUGUGUUCCCCUCACCUCUGUACCCCUGCAUCCCGGACACCCCACCCCUACCCACUUAUAGCCCGUUCACCCCUUUCUUUCUCAUGGGCAAGCUUCAGGGUGCUCUGGGGUGUGACCCAGGUCUGGGGAGCUGGUGGCACUGGAGACCCUGCUGUCCCCUGGAUGUGCAAUAAAGUCUCUCCCCUCCA